AAGACUCGUGGAACUGGUCCGUCGGGGUUCUGGAACAUUGUUUUUGCAUGAAAGUCGUCACAAGGAACUGGGUGAAAGAGGCAAUGCCAAAUGAGCAGGGGUGGGCGGAACUGUUCAGGUCGAAAGCCCGGAAAAGUCCUUCACGGAAAGAACCGGGGGAAAGGACGCGGAGAAUCUUCACGAGUUUGCUCCGGAGAGAGACCGAAGCUAAUACAGACCCAAAAUGAAUCGAUACGGCGACCUUGAUCUGGACUUGGAGUGCGAUGAAGGAGACGUCACAAACGGGCAUCUGCAACCAAUCAGCAUUUUGGUCGUCUUGAGUUUCAGCAAAAAGCAGCAUUGUUCGGCGGCAUGUUCAAGAGAUCGUCCAAAUCGUCUGAAGCGCAGGACAACCUGUCAGUCAGCAGCGAACUGUCAAAGAGUAACGACAGUCUGAACGACAACAAGGACAAAGGCGGCAUUUUUAAGGGCAUGUUCAAGAAGCAGCCGAAAUUGUCCAAAGAGCCACAAGAGGUGGCUCUCUCACAGCACAUUCCGGAGCUUUCUGCCAGCAACGGCAGCUUAGAUGACAGCAAGCCAUCCAAGGACAAGUCUGGCAUGAUGAGCGGAAUACUGAAAAAAACUCCCAAACGAGGACACGCACGCAGGCCCUCGCAGGAUCUUCUUGACAUCGACCUGUCCGCCAGCAAUAACGAUGUGAACGACAACGCCAAGGCAGGGGUCUCGCAACACAAUCCCGAGCAUUCAGCCAGCAAUGGCAUCUUCGAUAAAAGCAAGCAGGGCAAGGACCAAUCUGGCGCGAUGCUGAAAAAAACUCCGAAACGGGGACAUGCACGCAGACCCUCACAGGAUCUUCUCGACAUUGACCUGUCCGCCAAACAGAACAAUGUGAAUGAUAACACCAAGGAGAGCAGCGGAAUGUUCAGCGGGAUGUUUAAAAAAAGAACACAAUCUCAGGAUGAUUUGUCUGAAAACAACGAGCGGUCUGAAAGCGGCAAUAAUCUGGUGGUCAACAACAACAAUUCCAAGGAGUCAGCUGGAAUGUUUAGCGGCAUGUUUAAAAAAUCACCAAAACUGGUCAAAGAAAAGUCUCAGGAUGAUUUGUCUCAAUCCAGCGAGCUGUCGGCCAGCAGUGAAAACCUCUUUGAGGGUGGGACUAAGGAGAAAGGAGGACUCUUUAGCGGCAUGUUCAAAAAGCCCAAACACACUUCUGCAACCAGAACACAGUCUCAGGAGGACUUGACAGCACCCGGCAAGCUGUCCUCCAGCAGCGACAGUCUCGCCGAGAAGACGUGGAAGGAAAAGUCGCUAGGUUCCAAAGAACACCUGAUGGAGAAGCCCAAAGUCAAGCAGAACGGCUUCAGCGCCAUGAUGAAGAACGCCUUCAACUAUGACAAAACGGAGAAGGACAACUCCGAUGCUGAUGUUACUGAGGAGACGUCAGACACCAGCGAGAACCAGACUAACCAUAAACAGAGUAAGCUGGCCGGUGCCAUGAACAAACUGAAUCCGUUCCGAUCUGAAAAGGACAAGGAAAGUGACUCCAGUGACGAUGACACACCCGUCGCCGGCCACAAACAGAACGCCAUGAUGGGAGCCGUGUCGAAACUGAAUCCAUUCAAGUCUGCCAAUAAAAAAGACGUGGAAGAGACGCUCGAAGAAACUGACCAGCAAGUGGAGGGGAAACAAAAACUCCAAAAUAGCGCCGUCGACAGGGAGAGAAAGCAGAGAAGUGAAACGCCGCCACUUCCGCACGGACCUCCCCGAGAGGAGAAGACACAGGUUCCUGUCAAAGCCCAGGCCAAAGCAUUUGAAGACGCUAAGGACGACAAGGUCAUGGCGUCCCAGGGGAGGGCAGAUAAGGAAGCUCCCAAAGUUCCUCCACGCAAGCCUUCCGUGGAGGAGCUCAGGAGCAAAGCAACCAACACAGUGGAAAACCAGAAUCAGAGCCAAUCAGAUGAGGAGUUUCUGAAAGGAGAAGACGGCGGCGGCGGCCAGGGGAAUGAGGUGACCCCGGAGGAGGCCAAGAAGAAACCAAAGCGCUACAACCCGUUCACUCCACGUGCUGCCGCCAAGCCUCCAAGCUACGAUGAAGUGCUGAAAGACCAAGCAGCGGGAGAAGCAGAAGAAAAGUCCAAAGAGAAUCCAAAGGAAGAGGACGGCACCAACAAACCAGAAGAGGUCAAAGUGAAGAAACCGAAACGCCACAAUCCCUUCAUGCCUCGAGUCAAGAACAAAAUGACACAGAGACGCGAAGAAGAGGCUGAGAACGAGGGUGGAAACAGAGGUUUGUUUGAACGGCUGGAGGAAUUGCGCAUUGAUCCAUCGCCGCCUGAAGACAGACAGGACAUGGAUGGUCUUAUGGAGUGGUGGAACAAUGUGGAGUCUUGGGAGGACACGCCUCAGGAGGACGACAUGACCGAUAAAGAAGAAGCUAAGGCGUUUGCGGUGACGGCGGAGAAGGUUCAGAAGGGCAUCCGGGUGUUCAACAAGCUGUUCUCGGAUCGCGCCGAGAGCCUGUGGCAGCACGUCAUCAACCUGAACGACAUGGCCGACGGCCUGGAUAAAUUCAACAAGAACACCAAGAUUGCCCAGAUUACCGGCGGCUCCACCAGCGCCAUCGGCGGCGUGGCCACCAUCGCCGGCCUGGCCCUGGCGCCCGUCACCUUCGGCACCUCUCUGAUCGUGACGGCCGUGGGGCUGGGCGUGGCCACGGCGGGCGGCCUCACUUCGGCCGGCGCCAGCAUCUCCAACCAGGUCAACAACUCCAUGGACCGCAGGAAAGUCGAGAAGAUUGUGCAGGACUACCAAGAGAAGAUGGCGGACCUCAACAAGUGCCUCAAGUUCAUCAAGCAGGGAAUCGAGAACCUGCGGCGCUUCGACCUCAUCAAGAUGAAGAACAACGCCUACAACCGCGAAUUCCCCGUGCUCAGCAGCAGCUUCUACGAGGACGGCGCCAUGGCGGGCAAAGCCAUCCUUGUUAACGCCAACGAGAUCAUGCGUGUGGUGCAGAUCGCCAACGUGGCGGGCAGCACAGCGGCCCGCGCUGUUCAGAUUGCCAGCAUGGCCACCGGUGUCCUCACGGGUCUCUUUGUGGGGAUGGACAUCUACUUUGUGGCCAAGGACUCCAAGGAGCUCAAGAAGGGGGCCAAGUCUGAGUUUGCCGGCAAAAUACGCGAGGUGGCUACGCAGUUGCACGAAGGCCUGGUGGAGCUCAACAGCAUCCGAGAGGAGCUGCAGUGCACCACCGCGCCCCAGGACCAAAACCAGCGAGAGGACGACGCUUCGGCUGAGAAGACGAAAGGGGCUUACGACGACGACAGCUCGGAAGAAGACGAGAUCGACCGCAUUAAGAAAGCCAUCAAGAAAGACCUCGACAACAGGGAGUACGUGUGACAUUGGAAAAACGAUGCCAAGUGCAAAAAUGAUAACCAAAAUCUAGUCUGAAAUACAAACCAGAUUGAUGAGCAUUCUGAUAUUUUUGAGGUGAAAUUUGUUUUUUGGCUAGCAAAAGCAGACUUCAAAAUUGUUGAACAAAUCACUUUAGGGAAUUGAUGCCUCUGGAUUUUACUCCUCAUGCAGCGGGAGGAUUUUCCAAUGAACAAAACAUGUUUUAGUCAUUUUUUUUUAACUCUUGUGCCUUUUAUUGUACUAAAUUCCACGAUACUAGCUAGCUAACGUUAGUCAACCGUCUCGGAAUGAAAUAUAUAAAAAUGUUUUAAUAUAUAGUUUUGCAACAAUGUUGUCAUAUUUGGACACCAGAGUGCCUCUUGCAACAAUGCGAAUGCUUUUAACGCUAACCUGUUCACUGGAUAAAUUCAUGCUUUUUUUUUUUUUUUUAUUUAACUUUUGUAUUUAUUGUGGGUGGAUGUAGGAUGUGCAAUGUAUGUUUUGUGUAGGAGGUGAUAGAAGGAAAAGUGGCUGUACCGGUCGGUAAUCUGUGCAAUAAAAAAAAAAAAAAAAGAUUCCCAUGAAGGCCUGAUUGUUUUGUAUGCUAUGCAUACGGCAAACA